CAGAAGUGUCCGGGAAACUGCAAAUUAUCUCAAGAUCACUUCAAAGGUCUCAUCAAGCAGAAGGCGACGCUCGGGAGAAUGAUUUAAAGGGGAAAAUGACAGGGCUUUGCCGUCCCACCAACCUUGGCUACUUUUAUGACAGCCUGUGAGAGACGGGAGCGGAGAAGAGCGGGCUUGGAUGCUUCCCUGACAGUUGGACGGCGGAGUCCGGCGAGCGAGACCGAGGGCGGGAGACGCCGAGCAGCCCAUGCAAGGCGCCUUUGGCUGCCUUCGUCCUCAGCAGAAGACAGCCCGAGAAAGAAGACCGUUCUUUUCCUUGCCGGGGGGUGAAGUGGAUUUCUAUUGACACCCCCCGCAACAUUGUGGUCCAUCCAGAUGGAUUUGCAAAAGUGUUAAAUCUUUCCAAUGUAUGCUUCCAGAGCGCUCUGCUUUGGCUUGGAGUACUCAGAGAAUGGCCAUGGUCUCUGCAAUGUCCUGGAUCCUGUAUUUGUGGAUAAGUGCCUGUGCUGUACUGCUCUGUCAAGGAUCCCUUCAGCAAACAUUCCAGCAGCAGCAUCUGCCCAGACCAGAAGGAGGAACAUGUGAAGUUAUAGCAGCACACAGAUGUUGUAAUAAGAAUCGGAUUGAAGAGAGAUCACAGACAGUAAAGUGUUCCUGUCUACCUGGGAAAGUGGCUGGGACAACGCGGAACAGACCAUCAUGUGUUGACGCAUCAAUAGUCAUUGGGAAAUGGUGGUGUGAGAUGGAGCCCUGCCUAGAGGGGGAGGAAUGCAAGACGUUACCUGACAAUUCAGGAUGGAUGUGUGCAACUGGCAAUAAAGUCAAGACCACCAGAGACUUUGUUACUGUCUUGGAACUAGGAAAGGGCAGCUAA